GCAAGCCCUGCACUGACAUGGCAGGGAGCCCCUAUUACUUGGCCCCAGAAGUACUAGCUAAAAAGUAUGGCCCUGAGGCUGACAUCUGGAGCUCCGAGGUGGUGCUCUACAUCCUCCUAUCUGGACUCCCCCCCUUCUGGGGCACCACCAACGAUGCCAUCUUUGAGGUGAUCAAGCAGGCCACGCUCAACCUGGUGCGCCAGCCAUGGCCGGUGAUUUCGGACGAGGCGAAGGACCUGGUGGUGCGCAUGCUGACGAGGAACCCCAAGAAGAGGAUUACGGCUGAUGAAAUCCUCGCCAACCUUUCUUAUUGAUGCUCGAAAGCCUGAGAUUUCAUGUCUA